ACAGCUCAGAUGUGCACAGUAGCUGCCUCUCACAGCUCCCUCGCAUCGGAACCUGUCGGACAGGACUAAUGGCAGCAGCUCUGUCCCGCGCCCUCAAACUGCCCGGGAAGAAGGGCUCUGAACUGGGUGAGUACGACCCCCUCACCCAAGCGGACAGUGAAGAUGAGAGCGAAGAGGACGACCUGGUGCUGAACUACCCCCGGAAUGGCCUCAACAGGGACAGCUGCCUGGCGUCGGGCUCCACGAGCCUGCGUGGAGGCAGAUCUCGCCGGAUCGUGGGCGCCACUGACGACGUGCAGGAGGAGGAUGAGGAAGACGAGUGGACGGAGAGGCUCCCCAAGAGGCAGGACAGAGACCAUGUCAAGGCCUCCCAGCACUGGAGCCACAGGGACUCGGGUCGGGAGAAGAUGGGGGAGGACAGAGGGUCGGCGGGGGGGUCGGCGUCAGGCAUUCGGGGCACUGACGACAAAAGAGGGAGGGGCAAGAACGCUGUCCGGAGCGCGUUUUUCCUGGUGCCUCUGUUCUGCGCCAUGAUGCUGGUGCUGCUGUGUGCGUUCCUGAUCCCCUGCCAGAAGCGGGAGCUGCAGAAAAAGCUUCAGUGGGAGAAAGCGCUGGGGGAUGCAGGAGGCGUCACCUCCCCGCCACUGGCGUUAUGGGAUGUCGAUGGAGAUUCAAUGCAGGAUGUGCUGCUGGGUGUGACGUCCAGAUCCAAUGACACGCGCUCAACUCCAGGAAACAAAGUUUUCAGCGUGGUGGCCGUGUCUGCAGUCGGCGGUCAGGAGCUGUGGAGGAAGUCCAUGCGGGAAUCCGUCAUGUGGAUCCAGUGCGGGCUGCAGUUCAGCGGCCAGCCGUCAUGGCCGGUGUGCUUACUCGUGGGAAAGUCCAUCAUCAUGGCGGUCAACGGCACGUCGGGAAAGAAGCUGUGGUCGGUACCGCUGAAGAACAUUGAAUCUCAGGCAGUGCUGCUGCCGGACCUUCAGGGGGACUCGGUCCCGGAUCUGCUUGUGGCCACCCUGCCCACAGAUGAGGCUUUGGAUCUGUCUCUGACUUUAAUCUCCGGCUUCACCGGAGCGAAGCUCGGACAUCCCGUCCCCUUCAACCUGACAGGACAGGGAAAACUGAUCGGCCCGUUGCUGCACGAAACCCAACAAGGAGCCUACUGCAUCCUGUUUGGAAUCGGAAACGUUCAGGCCAUCUUCUUGCGGGACCUCUACGUCCGAGCCACUAGAGAAAUGCCGCUGACGCAGAAACUUAGGAGGAGGGACCCAAAAUGGGAGGGGUUUAGGAAAAACAACUCUUCCUCUCUCAUACACAUUUACAGUGGAUCUGAGAGCGUGGAGUUCUUGCUCCCUCUUCUGGCUGGUUUUGGUAACAGCCGCUACAGUUUGGACACGGUUUCCAACCUGAACUCCUCCAGGAGUGACUGGGUGUUGGUGUAUGGAGCCAGCAAGCUGUCUGUGCUCAGGCAGAAAGAUCUGCACAAAGAAUGGACCUUCAGCUCGCCUCCAAUCCACAGUCAGCCAGCUGUGGGACACUUCAAUGAUGAUGGAGUCCUGGAUCUUUUCAUUCAGCAUUCAGCAAAUGGCGUCAUGAAGACGCUCAUCGUUAAUGGUUCGAAUGGUCACCUCCUGUGGACAGCAGAGUUUGUUUGUCCCCGUCUCGUUUUGGACAUGUCUGUGGUCGCCACCUCAACGGGCCAAUCAGCUUUCUUGUUCUGGGCCAGCGAGCCAAUCACAGGGCAGAGAAAUGCUACAACGACACCCGGGGUCUCUGGCGCGGAGCCGCUCAUCCGGAAGCUUUUCCUGAUGCAUCCUGCUUAUCCCACCGUCCUGCUGGAGCUCAGCUCCACCACAGACACAGCCGUCACGUCUGCAGUGAGUUACCAGCAGCAUCAGAAAGACGUCACCUACUUCACCGUGUCCUCUCGGCCCACGCCGGACUCUGAACCCAGCGCCCAGAUCCUCAAGAGCAUGAGCCUGAAAGCCGCCAUCACCAACAGCAGGAUUGUCCGUUUGGGGAGCAGCACCAAGACGGGGGCAGCUGUUAAACCUGGAGCCUUUGAGGUCAACACUUUCUUUAGGAGAUUGUCCUUCAAGCUUUAGCGAUGGGAGCUGUUUUAACACUACGAAAUCCAGAGCUGAACAAGUGUGAGGAAUCAUGGACAAAAAGGACAGAAGUUGUGACCAACUGCACUACGAGGACACUCCAACGAAUAUGAAGCUACUGACAUCCUGUUAUGGUCACUAUGCUUGCUUUUUUUAAAACUUUAUUUUAUGUUUGUAAACUGUAAUUGUUUCUUUAGUAAGCAGUAGUAACACUUUAAUAUUACUUUAACUUUUACAGUACUUAGAGACACUAAAGCACAACAAUAAUAGUCCAAGAUCAAGGGAAUGAAUUGCAGUUUUGCAUAUCUCUCUUCCAGUGUAUGUCAAAUCUUCUUACAGGUACUGAUUGUUUUAUUUCUGUUCAAAGUGUGUAAAUAUUUAAUGCUGUACAGUAUUUAUUGCCUUUAUGCGUUUUUAUGUUGAAUUUGAUCAUGUAUAUGAUUCUUCAUUGUUUACUAUGAGCUGGAACGGAACAUAAAAAGAAAGUCCAAAGCA